UGGGGGCGGUCCGACUCCGCUGGGUCCGGGCUGCGCCGGGGGCCGGCGGCCGUUGGUGAGGCGGGGCGCGGGGAUCGGGCCCCCCCCAGAGCCCCGCCCCGCUGUCACGGCCGGGUGUUGAUGGGGACGCCCACCCGCGACGCCCCCGGGCGAACCCCUCUUUCCUUUGGGGUCGGGUGUGGCGGUUUGGGCUUGACCCCGACAGACGCGCUGGCCAGCCCGUCCCUCCCAGCCUGCCGACCGCGGGCUCCGGGCUCCGCGCUCGGCCCGGGCCAGGGAGGGCAGUCCACAGGCAAACUAAGGCAAAACGGCUUGUAAUUUUAUGAAUGGGGCCCCGGGUUCCUGCCGCCCCCCUCGCCCACGUCACGAAAUGCUUGCAAGUCGAGAACCGCGGUUACUUUUACGCGAAUCUGUCAGGGGCUGACUGUGGUCGGGUUGUUUUUCUCCAACUCCUGGAAAUCGCGGGUGGCCGUGAGGUGGUUUGCGUGCCUUAGACAGGAGGCGGCGGCGUGCCGACAGCCGGGGGAUCGGAAGGUUAACAAGUGACAUUGGGCUGAGGCCUAACGCCAGGUGCCCUGCCCGGGAGCGCGGGUGUGACGGUGGAGGCUGUGGCUGCUGGCCGCUGGCGAGCACACCAGCGAAACCGAGGGACCGGGAGAAGGAAUGCACAGCCACUCCAGUUGCUCCAUGCACGCUGUCCAAAUUACACGGCCGACGCGGGAGUUGGUGCAGGGGAGUUUUCCCCUUUUGAAAAUGGUUUUUGGAAAACUUAGCCCCUCAGUGGGUUGAUGGUUACUUAAACCAUCGGUUGUUAUGGUUACGGGGCAUCAAAUGUAAGGGCAAAGUCUGUUUCCACCCUCGCUCUUCCUCCAAAGCUAUGAAGUACUUUGUCACUACGUUUUACAGACACUGUACAGGGAGGGCAUACUUUUUUAGAGUUGAAGGGAAAGCGUGGGCUCCUUGAAGGCAGGGGAGGUACCAUAUUCCUGUUUGAAGUCCACCAUGGCUACUCAGCACAAGAAUUGAAAGGAACCAGCCUUCUGCAUGUUUUGAUGAUUCUCAGCAAAGGAUUUAAAGGAGUCCUUUCAGGAGCCAGAUGUAAGCUGGAAGGAAAACAAUGACUGACUUUUAUAUGGAAACCAAUAAGGAAAAAUGGAGGGGCAAAUGAUCCUUGAACUCCAAGAGCCUGAGCCCUCGUGAAGCCGGCGAUGACAAGUCUGAAUGGUCGCCAUGCCGAGAAAACCAUUGACAUGCCAAAACCAUCAGCCCCCAGAGUGCACGUGCAGAGGUCCGUGUCCCGAGACACUAUCGCCAUUCACUUCUCGGCAUCCGGGGAGGAGGAGGAGGAGGAAGAGGAGGAGUUCAGAGAGUACCUUGAGGAGGGGCUGGACGACCAAAGCAUUGUAACGGCACUCGAAGCCAAGGAAGACCUCUAUUUUGAACCCCAGGGUGGCCAUGUCUCCACUGGCCCUGCCACCCAGCCCAUCCUGGCAGAUGGACUGUCCGUGUCCCCUGCCAUUUUGCCCGUCUCCGAGAACACUGUAAAGCUGUUGGAGUCCCCUCCUCCGGCAGUGCAAGUAUUAAGUACAGUGCCAUUGGCUCUGUCCCCAGGGUCGUCUUUGUUGGGGCCCUUAGCUAGCUCUCCCAGUGUGUCGUCCCUUUCUGAGCAGAAAACCAGUUCUUCCUCCCCAUUGUCCUCUCCUUCCAAGUCUCCUAUCCUCUCCUCCAGUGCCUCAUCCUCCACCCUGUCCAGUACCAAACCCUUCUUGAGCCUUGUGAAGUCCCUGUCGACCGAGGUGGAGCCAAGAGAAUCCUCACACCCCUCGAGGCACAGGCACUUGAUGAAGACAUUAGUUAAGUCUCUGUCCACAGACACCUCCAGGCAGGAGUCAGAUACUGUGUCCUAUAAACCCCCUGACUCCAAGCUCAAUUUACACCUGUUCAAGCAGUUCACACAGCCACGAAACACAGGUGGAGACUCCAAAACUGCACCUUCUUCCCCACUGACUUCUCCCUCCGAUACGCGCUCUUUUUUUAAAGUGCCCGAAAUGGAGGCUAAAAUCGAAGACACUAAGAGACGCCUUUCAGAAGUCAUAUAUGAGCCUUUUCAGCUCCUUAGUAAAAUCAUAGGGGAAGAAAGUGGCAGCCACAGGCCCAAAGCCUUAUCUUCAAGUGCUUCAGAACUCUCCAAUCUGUCUAGCCUGAACGGUCACUUGGAAAGCAAUAACAACUACAGCAUCAAGGAGGAGGAGUGUGACUCCGAGGGGGACGGCUACGGGAGUGAGCCCAGCGUCCCCGCAGGUGACCACUCCAGGUCCUCAGAUGAGCCCUCAAGAGAGGCAGAGCCGAAAAGUUCCCAGGUGAGCGGUCUGAAGGACUUAGGCCUGAAGACGAGCUCGCUAGUUCUUGAGAAAUGCUCCUUGUCUGCCUUAGCGAGCAAAGAAGAUGAAGAGUUUUGCGAACUCUACACUGAGGACUUUGAUUUGGAAGCAGAGGUGGAGAGUACAGUGGAUAAGCUCCCGGAUGUCCCUCUCAAGCCCGAGGUGCUGGCGGAUGAUGGUCCGACUCUUGACAGUGAGGACGAGGCCCAGUCGGCCGUGCAGCACCCGGAAUUACCAGUCAAGACACUGGGCUUCUUUAUAAUGUGUGCCUAUGGGUACCUCAUCCUGCCCCUCCCCCAGUAUGUGAGCGGACUCUUCCUGGGAAUUGGUCUUGGAUUCAUGACUGCGGUUUGCAUGAUUUGGUUUUUUACACCACCAAGUGCUCAUAAAUAUCACAGAUUACAUAAAAACCUACAACACGGGAACACAAGAUCCCUGGAUAUCAAAGAACCGGAAAUACUAAAGGGAUGGAUGAAUGAGAUUUACAACUAUGAUCCAGAAACUUACCAUGCAACUUUAACACAUUCAGUCUUUGUUCGGCUUGAGGGUGGCACCUUAAGACUUUCAAAGCCCAAUAAAAAUAUAUCCAGGAGGGCAAGCUACAACGAAACAAAGCCAGAGGUUACCUACAUCAGCCAGAAAAUCUACGACCUUUCAGACAGCAAGAUUUAUCUUGUACCCAAAAGUUUGGCUCGAAAACGAAUCUGGAAUAAAAAGUACCCCAUUUGUAUCGAGCUUGGUCGACAAGAUGACUUUAUGUCUAAGGCCCAGACUGAUAAAGAGACUUCUGAAGAAAAGCCUCCAGCUGAGAGAGAGCUGGGAAGCGAGGACCCUAAGAAGCCACCCCAUCCUCAGGAGGGAACAAGAUCUGGCCAGCGAGAUCAGAUACUCUAUCUCUUUGGGAGAACUGGCCGAGAGAAAGAGGAGUGGUUUAGGAGGUUUAUUCUGGCAUCUAAACUGAAGUCCGAAAUCAAGAAGCCACCUGGUGUCUGUGGAAGUAAACCAGGCGUUUUGCCCUCACACAGCAGACACAGCAGCCCCUCGGGGCACUUGACCCACAGCCGCAGCAGCAGCAAAGGCAGUGUGGAGGAGAUUAUGUCCCAGCCGAAGCAGAAGGAGCUUGUGGGCAGCGUGCGGCAGAAGAUGCUUCUGGACUACAGCGUGUACAUGGCCAGGUGUGUCCCCCAGGAAAACCGAAGCCCCCAAAGGAGCCCCGUGCAGAGUGUGGAGAGCAGCCCCACGGCUGGGAAGAAGUUGCCAGAGGCUCCGCCCUCUGAGGAGGAGGAACAGGAAGCCUGGGUGAACGCCUUGCUCGGAAGAAUGUUUUGGGACUUCUUAGGAGAGAAAUAUUGGUCUGAUCUGGUGUCUAAGAAAAUCCAAAUGAAACUCAGCAAAAUAAAGCUCCCCUACUUUAUGAAUGAACUAACUCUGACGGAACUUGACAUGGGGGUGGCUGUGCCAAAAAUCCUCCAGGCCUUCAAGCCUUACGUUGAUCACCAAGGACUCUGGAUCGAUUUGGAAAUGUCCUACAAUGGGUCCUUUCUGAUGACUCUCGAGACCAAAAUGAAUUUGACCAAACUAGGUAAAGAGCCUCUUGUUGAAGCCCUGAAGGUUGGAGAAAUUGGCAAAGAAGGUUGCAGGCCCAGGGCGUACUGUCUGGCGGACAGCGAUGAGGAGUCCUCCAGUGCCGGCUCCUCUGAUGAAGACGACGCUCCAGAGCCCAGCGCAGGAGACAAACCACUUCUCCCAGGGGCCGAAGGGUAUGUUGGAGGUCAUCGAACAAGUAAGAUUAUGAGGUUUGUCGAUAAAAUUACCAAGUCAAAAUACUUCCAAAAAGCAACAGAGACAGAGUUCAUUAAAAAGAAGAUCGAAGAAGUCUCCAAUACCCCCCUGCUGCUAACCGUAGAAGUACAAGAAUGCCGAGGAACCCUGGCAGUCAACAUUCCACCUCCCCCGACUGACCGAAUAUGGUACGGUUUCCGGAAGCCACCAUAUGUGGAGCUGAAAGCUCGGCCAAAACUUGGAGAAAGAGAAGUGACUUUAGUUCAUGUGACAGACUGGAUAGAGAAGAAAUUGGAACAAGAGUUUCAGAAAGUUUUUGUCAUGCCAAACAUGGAUGAUGUCUAUAUCCCUAUAAUGCACUCAGCCAUGGACCCCCGCUCUGCUUCCUGCCUCCUCAAAGACCCACUUGUGGAGGCUGCUGAUCAGCUGUGAUGGGUGAAGAUCUGACCUUCCCAGUAUUAGGAGACUUAGCUCAAGGUGUGGGGUUCUCGGCUGCCAUCCGUGCUGGAGCACUGGCCUUUCCUCGUGCCACAGCUUCUGCCCUCUGCCUGCUGGUGCCCAUUCCACUGUGAGGUGUCAUUCCGUGCGUUCAGGAGCUGGUGUCUGGACUGCUGGCUGCAAAGCUUUGACUCAGUAGAGGACACUGUGGAAGAAUCCCCACAGUGGAUCCAGAGGUUACAGAUGACUCACACCAUGGCUUUUUUGAGUCUACCAGUUUUUGUGGCAGCAAGAGCACAGUUAAGAGCAAAGCGGUACAACUGGAAGGCUUUCCCCUUGCCUCAACUCCUCCAAAGCUUUUCCUCAGGCGGCCAGUGCACAAUGGAACGUUUUCUCACUUCUACAGUUUGUGGGUGACAGCCCUCCACACUCCUGGAGAAUGUCAAUUCAGCAACAUGUGGGGGGUGGGGAGUGGAAUUUUGCGAACUAUUUCAUUGAUGAUAAAGAGAUACGCAUAGCAACUUAUUUUUUUCAUAUUGUGCAUUUUGGAAGCAAGUAGCCAUAGAACAUACACUAACAUAUGAUCAGCUGGGGGUGGGGACAGUGGGAUUUAUCCAAACAUUAGGUAAAGCCAUGAGAUCAAACCAUCCCAAGCUUUCUACCAAGGAGAUACAAUCACCUGGUUUUCUAACCCCCAGUGUUUUCUGAGACAUGAGCAUAUGUGAAAAUAUCAAAUACUGCACAUGAGUGGAUUGGGAUGGGGGCAGAAAGCCAGAGCCACAUCUUUGUAUCCGCCACUUCCUAUGUGCUCUGUGCUUUAUAUAGACAUCUAAAUGCUUUGUUAAUCUAACUGGUUUAGGAUAUUGAGGUUGUGGGCAGUUUCCUCUUCUAACAGCCAAAACAGAGAACUAUCACCUUUGAGAGUUGAGACCAAGUCUGCUCAACAUUAAACACUACAUUAUAUAAAAAUUCAUGUGACCUUUCUUUAAUGUUGCCAAUCUUAUUUUGUGCAUUUGUGUCAGAAUCUUUAGUUUACAAGUUUGGGGGCUCCCUAGUUGUAUAAUUUGCUUUGAGAAGUACUCUUAAAACACAAUUUUUUAUUGUUUAAAGCUGCAUUCAACAUCAAAACUACUGUGGGUAACUUUUGAUAACUUACAUCUUGUGGACAAAGCUAAUAGUGGUUUUUUAAACAGCACCUUGCCUGAACAUGACUUUAAAGAAAUUAAUAUAUUGAAAAAGUAUAUUUGAACCCUUGAUUACUUUAAUUGCACCAUUAAAACAUUUGACUUAAAUUAUUUGAUCAUUCCAGUCGGUGUACUGUUCUAAUUUCUCAAUGUGUAGGCCGAUUUGCCUGUCAGUCCGCAUGUCUUGUUCACUGGUCUAUAAUUUUUGUGCAAUAACUAAAGGCAAAGGACUAGAUGCACUACUGUGUAAAGAGAUUACACAUGACUAUCCUAUUGCACUUAAUCAAAUAGUUAUGUGGGGAUUUACAAUCGCUUGCGUUGUUUCACAAAAUAAAUAUCUCAAUGUCAAAUACUA